AUGAUGUUUUCUAAGAAUAUUGCUAUAAUUGGUGAAGGAGUAAUUGGAGUAUCUUCUGCUUUAGCUAUAAAUCAAAAAUUUCCUCAUUAUAAAAUCACCAUAUUUCAUGAUCGCCCAUUUGACAAGACAUGUAGUUUUGGACCAGCAGGCCUUUUUCGUCUUGACAAAGAGGAACUAAAACCUUUGGCAAAAGUAACAUUUGAAAGAAUGGCAUUUUUAGAAAAGACAGAAGGUCCAAAAACAGGUAUAAAACUUUUAAGUGGACAUAUUCAAUCUGAUGAUAAAGAAAGAUUAACACUUCAAGAAAAAAAUAUGUCUGAUAUAGUUUAUAAUUUUAGAUGGUUAACAGAUCGUGAAAGACAAUCACUUUUUAUAGAUCCAUUAAAUUUUUGUAUUCAUUAUACAGCAUACGCCUCUGAAGGUAAAAAAUAUGUUCCUUGGAUGAAAGAAAUUCUCCAAAAAAAUGGUAUUCAAUUUAUAAGAAAGGAAAUAAAAAAUGUUAACGAAAUUGGAAAAGAUUAUGAUAUUGUCAUUAAUUGUGGAGGAUUAAAUGGAGGAAAGAUAAGUGGUGAUGAUGAUACAGUAUAUCCAAUACGUGGUGUUGUUCUAGAACUUGAUAGUAUUUGGCAUAAACAUUUUAAUUAUAAAGAUUUUGUUAAUUUUACAAUUCCUAUGUCAAAUUCUGUUGCAUUAGGAACUGUUAAACAAGAUCAUAGAUAUGAUACAAAAAUUACUGAUGAUGAUAGAAAAGAAAUUUGGGAUAAUUAUCUUAAAAUUCACCCUACAAUGAAAGAGGCAAAAAUUUUAAAUGAAUGGUGUCAUUUAAGACCUGAAAGAAAAUCUUUGAGACUUGAAAGUGAAAUAAGAAAAUUAGAUAAUGAUAAAAAAUAUCUUUUAAUUCAUAAUUAUGGACAUGGUGGUAAUGGCUUUACCCUUCAUUGGGGUUGUGCAUUAAAAGUUGUUGAAUUCAUUGAGAAUAAUAUAAAAAUACAGGCAAAUUCAUGGGAUUCAAAAAGUUUUCAAACAUUUAAAAGGUAUCGAGAAGCAAAGUUAAAAGGAUUAAAAGACUCUUUGAUUGAGGAAGAAAAACAAAUAAAGAAUCUUGAAAAUAUCAAAAAUCAAAUUACAGAAUAUGGAAAAAAAUUAACUCAUAAUUUAUGGAUGCCUUUUGGUAAUGUAGCUUUUUUUCCAGCCAAAUUGUACAAUACCAAUAAAUAUACAGUUUUGUUGGGUGAUAAUUAUUUUGUUGAUGCUAGUGGGCACGAGGCAUGUGGUAUUAUUGAUAGAAGAUUAGAAUUAUUAAAUGAACGGGUUGAAAAAUUUAAAACAGCAAUCAAAAAUACUGAAGAUGAAAUUAAGUAUGGAGGUCAAUUCUUUCAAAAUAGUGAUGGGACAGUUGAAAUUAUUGAAGAAUAUGUUGAACCUGAUGAAGAGACAAAAAAAAAGAGAGCUAUGGAAUUUAAGAAGCCUUCUAUUCCAGAGGAAGAGUAUAAUCAGUUGAUGGCUAAACUUGAUGAAUUAGAGUUAUUGGAAGAUGGUAGUGACGAGGAAGAUGACGAUGAUGAUGAAGAUGAAGAAAACGAUGAAGAAGAAAAUCUUGAUUCUGACGAUGAACCUGAUGUCGUUAUUGAAGGUGACUCUAAAAUCAAAGCCAAAAAAAAUGAUUUAGACUCAGAUGAUGAUGAUGUAUCAGAGGAUGGAGUUAUCCUUCACAAUGAAAUUGUAGAUGAUUUGGCAAAUUUCUUAGGUCUUCAAGAUAAAAGAGAUCAGUUAAUUGAAAUUUUAAAAAAAGGUAGAGAUCUUACAGAAAUUUAUAAUAAAGAGAAUAAUUCUGAAGAGGUAAUGGAGACAAAUGAAGUAAAAAAAGAAUUAUCAAAUAAAACUUUUGAUGAAAAAAAAACUUUAAAAAGAGGAGUAAGUUGGAGUGCUGAAGAUGAAGUUCAAACAAUAGAAAAAAUAGAUGAAUUGUCAAGUAAAGAAUUAGAAAUGAAAGUAAAUGGUGUUGGAAAAGGAAUUUUAACAAAUAAAGAUCCAUCACCAAUAGAUCAUGAAGCAGUUAAACGUAUGAAUGAAGAAGAUGUAAAUACGUGUAAAAUUGAACCUAUGUCAAAGGAAGCAUUUACGCAAAAUAUUGUUGAAAGAUCUUCUAUACCAAUGAUUCCUGAAGAACCACAAGCAACUGAAAUACCUGAAGCCGAACCAUAUAAGCCAAUGUCAAGAUUUAAGAGAAGUAAAAUGUGGCACUAG